UCUCACCAACAUUACAAUGAAAACUUCAUUACCCCAAUGCACCAACGUCACAAGUUCUUCGCGGGACCAUAAUAUUAUUCGUCAUGUGAUUGCAUUUUAAUCCGUCAUCUCCUAGUCCGGUUAGACAAACUUAUGCUAUCGAGGGAAAUGUGAUCAUUUUUGUAGGAUAAAUCGAUAUGAACCAAACAGAGCAGGUGGUGUCUCUGCGUGAAAACGUUCUCACUGGUUUAACGCUUUCUGUGAUCGUCACUGGGACGGUAAUCGGCAACCUUCUUGUUGUUUUAGCCGUUGCCUUGGUCCGGAAAUUGCAAACUCCAAGCAACUUUCUGAUUGUUUCGUUGGCUGUGAGUGAUUUAUUGGUAGGCCUGAUUGUGAUGCCUAUCACGAUCAUUCAUGACAUUAACCGACAGUGGCCGUUUAACGAAGCUCUAUGUGAUACGUACAUCGCGUUUGACGUGCUUCUGUGUACAGCCUCUAUUCUUAAUCUUUGUGCCAUUUCGGUGGACCGAUACCUGGCCAUUACCAAGCCACUCCGAUAUGCUGCAAAACGCACACCGAAGAGGAUGUUUCUGAUGAUUGCUGGUGUCUGGUUGGCUUCGGCGUUAAUUAGCAUCCCACCGAUUUUCGGAUUCAAAGAAAAGUGGAUACCUUACACUUGUGGAUACAGUGAGAACGUGUAUUAUCAAAUCUACGCAACAGGCGGUGCAUUUUAUAUUCCGCUUAUUGUGAUGCUUGUAUUGUAUGGACGUAUUUUUAUCCUCGCAAGACGAAUGGCUAAAGAGGAUGCCAAACAGCAGCGAAUCAGUGAGUCGGUCGCUGGAUCAAAACCAAACCAGGAGAUAGAUAAUUGUCAUUGUGACCAGCAAAUUUCAGUGGACCAACACAAUCCUUUGGUGAGUAAGCAUCCAGCCUCAGCUGCCCACGACUACGAAGGAAAUGUUGGUAGUGCGUUAGUGCACGCAUCCUCGGCACUAAAUGGAGUGACACGGAAGCAAGCACCAAAGAAUUCAAAGCGUAAUUCGCCUAAUGAUGAACGCUACCCCCUUCCACCUUCUGAAGCCUGUAGACGAAGACAACCGCGCCUCUUACGUAAAGAAUCAUAUCAUCAGUCAUCCCUCGUCAUCCCAAAUGAAACGAAAUGCUUACCUUCAGAAGAAAAGUCUUUCGCAAGCGAGUUUGAGGAGCGUGUUCGAAUGCUCCGACAACUUAGGACAGAGUUCUUUGCAGCACCACCAUCCAGACACUGCAGUUCGUUGGUUCUUGGUAUACGAAGGACCGACGGGGAUAAGACGGAAAUAACUCGUCUGAAUGUCGCAGACAAUAGCGUAAACACCUACACAACUCCGCAGAUACAUCAUCGAAGUUCAUUUAAUCCACCCUUGCAUCAAAGCCAGUCAAUGAGAGAACCCAGCUAUACGCACAAUGAAAUAACAUGUAAAACAUCAAUCAAUUUACCACGGCGUUCAAUGCCUCCACCCCCACUCUUAUCCAUAUCUUGUUGUCCUGAUGAAUCCAAUUUACCUCCCAGUCAAUCACCAGGAUCAGAUGCAUUUACUACGUUCACAGUUUUGGAACCCGAUAGGGAACGCGUAAGUCGUACACCAUCGCUUACCACUGCUCAGAUGAGUUAUUUCCCCACGCACACAUUACGCCCCCGACCACGACCGCUCUACGGUGUGCGAAGAUCUCUGGCUAAUGCAGCUGACUACCCAUCAAGAGAUUCUCAAUCUAGGUGUGGUUCACUUGGUAUACCGAGAAACUUAACUGAUAGGCGACUGAGCUCCCCUCAAACCACUGGACACCCAUUAUGGGGAAUUCGUCGUCCCGACUCCAACCACUCGUUCAUCGGUCGUUCGGCCAGUCGACUUUUCCAUCUAGCGUCUGAUAACCCGUCUGGAAAUCCACGAAGUCGCAGCGGAAGUUGGUGUAGUGGACGCGCUAAUUUACGAAAGAAGAAGUUUCGCGGGCACAGUGAGACCAAAGCUAUCCGAACACUGGGUGUAAUCAUGGGAUGUUUCUGUUUGUGUUGGCUACCAUUCUUCAUAAUUGCGCUUGCCAAUCCUCUGACCAAAAUGAUGAACUAUGGUGUACUCACAAGUGCGGCCGUGAGCAACGUAUUUUUGUGGCUUGGUUACGUGAAUUCUACGCUCAAUCCAAUCAUUUAUGCGAUUUUCAACCAAGAAUUUCGAAUACCAUUCAAGCACUUGCUUCUCUGCCACUGCCGAGGAAUUAAUGCACGAUUGCGUUCGCAGCGUUACGCAAUCGAGUUUGGAUUAGGAGCUUCUACUGCCAGCUGCUUGCCACCACAACAUCCUGGAGUUGGCGAGAACAAUGGAUUUCCGGUCAGUACUGUGGCAACAAAGCUUCCUCGCUCCAAUAGCUCUGUUGGAGCCCGGAGACCAACGGUAGAUACUGCAAGCAAUUACGCUCAAAUCGAUCCAAAGUCUAGCCCGUACAUACUUCAGUUGCCCGACUGAUUUCAUUUAAGCCCGGUAAACACCAGAGGUGUAUUGCACAUUUUUGCUACGAGUAAAAGCGUCCAAUAUGUUUACUUGAAGUUAUUUUUCGUUCAGAUUUACCGGUUUUUCCCAUAAGUCAGUGCUACGUUAUAUCCACUCAUGGCGAACAGUUGACUUACCUGUAUCAUUUCGAUUUCGGUCCGGAAAAGGCACGAAAGUGAGUUUUCAAAUAUACUGUCAAAUAUACACCGGUCAGUUAUUCAAAGCUGUAUAACGUAUACUGCGAAAAGUUAAACGGACAUCUUUGUGUGCAAAUACACGUUUUACAGAUACCGCUUUUCUUCAAGAUUUCUCUAUCUGCUAUUAUCAAGUUAUAUUCGCUCUUUUGAGGAAACUGUUUAUUAUCCCCCUUUUUCAGACAAGUUCAAGGAUCUCUGUUGUGCAGUAAUCAUUCGCGCGUUCAGUUGCAUUUAUGAACACAUUCGAAACAAUAUCUUGCCAAUACAGUGCAAAUAAUUCUGCUUUUUUCUUCUCAAGCUGACUGCAGCAGCAGGCAGUGUUACCAGUGCUGCAUCCAUGUUUAAUCAAAAUUUGCGUGACACGGAAGUAGUGGUACUGCUCCCUCUGCAGCCUGCUUUAAUCAAUGACCAUUAACGUGUACCACAGGAAACCAAAAACAUUAUGCUUUCAGCUAAAUGACCGACCAACACAGAGUACCGCAGUUUGAAAAAACCAUUUGGGUCUGAACUUCCGUCUCUCACUGCGGGCGUCGCAUGUGUCUGUGGAGCUAAAAUGUUGUACUUUUGCAUGAUUCUAUUCAGCCUGGCUUUUUUCGGUCAAACUGUUUGGAAAAAUUAUCACUGCACCCAAUGAGAUAUGGUUUGUU